CCUCCCCCGGCGCGGGGGUGCGCUUGCAGGGGGCCGCGGGCCGCCAGACCCAGCGACCUCUAGCCAGUGUCGGGGUGGGGCGGGUGCAGCAUGGAGCGCUCUCCCGGCGCCAGCCUCGUGGAGCGAGCCUCUGCUCCCUCGGACCCCCCGGCCCGGCCCCCCGGCGCUCACACGCAGCGGGACCGGACUUCUGGGAACCAGCCUGCGGGCCCAGGCGCGGCGGCGGAGGCGCUGGCGCUGCUGACUUCGUUCGGGCGGCGGCUCCUGGUGCUGGUGCCGGUGUACCUGGCGGGGGCGGUGGGACUCAGCGUGGGUUUCGUGCUCUUCGGCCUCGCGCUCUACCUGGGCUGGCGCCGCGUCCGCGAUGGGAAAGAACGGAGCCUCCGAGCGGCGCGGCAGCUGCUGGACGACGAGGAGCGGCUCACGGCGCAGACGCUUUACCUGAGCCACCGAGAGCUACCUGCUUGGGUCAGCUUUCCAGACGUGGAAAAGGCCGAGUGGCUAAAUAAGAUUGUGGCCCAGGUCUGGCCCUUCCUGGGCCAGUACAUGGAGAAGCUUCUGGCUGAAACUGUGGCCCCCGCUGUUCGAGGCUCUAACCCCCACCUGCAAACAUUCACAUUUACACGAGUGGAACUGGGUGAGAAGCCGCUGCGCAUCGUAGGAGUCAAGGUUCAUGCUGGCCAGAGCAAAGAGCAGAUCCUGUUGGAUUUGAGCAUCAGCUACGUAGGUGACGUGCAGAUUGAUGUGGAAGUGAAGAAAUAUUUCUGCAAAGCAGGAGUCAAAGGCAUGCAGCUACAUGGUGUCUUGCGGGUGAUUCUCGAGCCACUCAUCGGGGACCUUCCCAUCGUGGGGGCUGUGUCGAUGUUCUUCAUCCGACGCCCGACCCUAGAUAUCAACUGGACAGGGAUGACCAACCUGCUGGAUAUCCCAGGACUCAGCUCCCUCUCUGACACCAUGAUCAUGGAUUCCAUCGCUGCCUUCCUUGUGUUGCCCAACCGGUUACUGGUGCCACUAGUGCCUGACCUUCGUGAUGCAGCCCAGCUGCGUUCCCCUCUUCCCAGGGGCAUUGUUCGGAUUCACUUGCUGGCUGCCCGAGGUCUGGGCUCCAAAGACAAAUACGUGAAGGGCCUGAUUGAGGGCAAGUCAGACCCCUAUGCACUCGUGCGAGUGGGCACCCAGGCAUUCUGCAGUCGAGUUAUCGAUGAGGACCUCAAUCCCCAGUGGGGGGAGACUUACGAGGUGAUGGUACACGAGGUCCCAGGCCAGGAGAUUGAGGUGGAGGUGUUUGACAAGGAUCCAGACAAAGAUGACUUUCUGGGCAGGAUGAAGCUGGAUGUAGGGAAGGUACUACAGGCUGGAGUCCUGGAUGACUGGUUUCCUCUACAAGGUGGGCUAGGCCAAGUCCACCUCAGGCUAGAAUGGCUGUCGCUUUUGCCACAUGCAGAAAAACUGGAGCAGGUUCUGCAGUGGAAUCGCGGCAUGUCCUCCCGACCAGAGCCCCCAUCAGCUGCCAUCCUAGUUGUCUAUCUGGACCGGGCCCAAGAUCUUCCCCUGAAGAAGGGGAACAGGGAGCCCAACCCCGUGGUACAGCUGUCAAUUCAGGAUAUGACCCAGGAGAGCAAGGCGGUCUACUGCACCAACUCCCCGGUGUGGGAGGAGGCUUUCCGGUUCUUCCUACAAGACCCUCGAAGCCAGGAGCUCGAUGUGCAGGUGAAGGAUGACUCCAGGGCCCUGACUUUAGGGGCACUGACUGUGCCUCUGGCUCGCCUGCUGACUGCCCCUGAACUCACCUUGGACCAGUGGUUCCAGCUCAGCAGCUCUGGCCCCAACUCCAGGCUCUACAUGAAAUUGGUUAUGAGGAUCUUGUACUUGGAUUCAUCAGGAGUGCACUUUCCCACUGUGCCUGGAAGUCCUGGUGCUUGGGACCCAGACAGUGAGAACCCCCAGACAGGCAGCAGCGUGGAUGCCCCGCCUCGGCCUUAUCGCACUACUCCUGAUAGUCACUUUGGGACUGAGAAUGUGCUUCGGAUCCAUGUAUUAGAGGCCCAGGACCUGAUUGCCAAAGACCGUUUCUUGGGGGGAUUGGUGAAAGGCAAGUCAGACCCCUAUGUCAAACUAAAGCUGGCAGGACAAAGCUUCCGGAGCCGUGUUGUUCGGGAAGAUCUCAAUCCCCGCUGGAACGAGGUGUUUGAGGUAAUUGUCACAUCAAUUCCAGGCCAAGAGCUAGACCUUGAGGUUUUUGACAAGGACCUGGACAAGGAUGACUUUCUGGGCAGGUGUAAAGUGGGUCUCACCGCGGUCCUGAACACCGGCUUCCUUGACGAGUGGCUGACCCUGGAAGAUGUGCCAUCUGGCCGCCUGCACCUGCGUCUGGAGCGUCUGACCCCCCGGGCCUCUGCUGCUGAGCUAGAGGAGGUGCUGCAGGUGAACAGUCUGAUCCAGACGCAGAAGAGCGCCGAGCUGGCCGCGGCCCUGCUGACUGUGUAUGUGGAGCGUGCGGAGGACCUGCCGCUCCGGAAGGGAACCAAGCCUCCCAGCCCUUACGCCACUCUCACCAUGGGGGACGCUUCCUAUAAGACAAAGACUCUUUCUCACACUUCAGCCCCAGUCUGGGAGGAGAGUGCCUCCUUUCUCGUCAAGAGACCACAUGCUGAGAGCCUGGAGUUGCAGGUCCGGGGCGAGGGCGGCGGCGCGCUGGGCUCCCUGUCCCUGCCCCUCCCGGAGCUCCUGGCGGCCGAGCAGCUGUGCCUGGACCAGUGGUUCGCGCUGAACAACGGGCAGGGGCAGGUGCUGCUGAGAGCGCAGCUGCGGGUCCUGGUGGCCCAGCACUCAGAACGGGGGGCUCCCAGCCUCAGCCCUAGCUCCUCAUCCCUGAGCGAGGAGCCCGAGCUCUGGGGGGGGCUCACACACGGCCCCUCCUCGGCGCCGCAGCUGCGGCAGCGCCUGCCACACGCGGACAGGCCCCAGGACGCCCCGGCCGGGCCCCCGGGCCAGGUGGGCCAGGUGCAGCUGACCGUGUGGUACCACGCUGAGGAGCGGCGGCUGGUCAGCAUCGUCCACGGCUGCCGGGCCCUUCGACAAAAUGGACGGGACGCCCCCGACCCCUACGUGUCCCUGUUGCUGCUGCCGGACAAGAACCGGGCCACCAAGAGGAAGACCUCCCAAAAGAAGAAGACCCUAAGUCCUGAAUUCAACGAACGAUUCGAGUGGGAACUGCCCCUGGAUGAGGCGCAGCGGCGAAAGCUGGAUGUGUCUGUGAAGUCUAACGCCUCCUUCAUGUCACGAGAGCGCGAGCUGCUGGGAAAGGUGCAGCUGGACCUUGCCGAGAUAGACCUUUCCCAGGGAACGGCCCAAUGGUAUGACCUCAUGGAUGACAAGGACAAGGGCAGCUCCUAGGAUCACAGAUUAGCAGCCCGACUGCUGUCUCCUUGCCUUGCCCCUCGCUGCAUCACCACCUCAACAUGAUGACCCUAAUGCUGGGCCCGAGGGCAGAGCCCGUGCCCUCGGCCCUCCGCCCCCUCCCCCCCCCAGGCCCUUGCCAGGGCCUUGCCUGACCAAAGAGGAGGACCACACGUUACCCUUUAUUGCAUGGCCUUUACCCUCCGGGCUCCCGGGGCGGACACGCGAGCGGGCUUGUUUCCGCUCUGCCUGCACGCUCCUCUCCCUCCGCCCCAACUCCUCAGGGCCUUCUGUACCUGUGCCUGGCCACUGGCAGCACUAGCAGUGGCAUUAGCUUAUGCCAAAUACUGCUUUUGGAAAGACCUUUUCUCUUUAGUCGGAUGCCACCUCUUCCCCUACUAUGAGCAGUCAGGGAGGGCAAACAGCCGGCUGGGAAGGCAGGCAGGCCAAUGGCCACUCAGGCCGAGAGCCUCCUGGACUGCUGCAUGUAGGAAAUGGAUAGGAACCAGGCCCUGUGUCCAGUCCCCACGUCUCAAGUCUGUCCUAAGAUUACACCUGCUGUGAUGACUAGGGCCAGCCUCUGAUUGACUCUGGGGACUAGAACACAGUAGCCGCAACUUGAAGACUUACAGAUAGAAUUUCUAUCAGCCUUGGGGCCUCUGGCUGGUGCUGUGCAGAGGGCCUUGGACGAUGGGCCAGCAGGGCCAAUUUUUUGUUCAGGUGCCUACGCUGUUAACUCACAGACUAGAGCGGGAUCUCUUGGUUUUGCACCAGCUCUGCCAAGCCACUGUACCUUAUAUUAAACGUUGUACUCAAACCA